AUGCGCUGGCUCCCGGCCUUGCUGUCCUUCGCCCUGCCCUUCGGGGCCCUGGCCGCCAAGAAGUCGCCCUCAGUCGACCGAUUUCAGGAAUUCCACACCAAAGCUGUGGCAUCCUCCCCGAUAAAGCUUGCCGACAAUUCCUACAAGAAGCUCACGUCCGCCCCUCGAGACCAUUCCGUUGCUGUUCUUCUGACGGCCCUCGACGCACGAUACGGCUGCCAGCUCUGCGGCGAGUUCCAGCCGGAAUGGGAUGUACUUGGCAAGAGUUGGGUCAGGGGCGACAAGAAGGGCGAAUCUCGGAUCAUCUUUGGAACGCUGGACUUCGCUGACGGCAGAGAUACCUUCCUCUCUCUCGGCCUGCAAACUGCUCCGGUGCUCCUCCUCUUCCAGCCUACCACUGGGCCCCAUGCCGUGCCGGCCGCCGACCCUAUCCGUUACGACUUCACGAGCGGCCCCCAAUCCGCCGAGACGGUCUAUGCAUGGAUCGCCCGUCAUCUACCGGACCGCCCGCAUCCCCCGAUCUACCGGCCAGUCAACUAUGUGGGAUGGGUGGUUACAAUUGUCAGCGUCCUCGGCAUUGCUGGUGCUCUCUUCAAGCUCUCGCCGUGGAUCCUGCCCGUGCUCCAAAACCGCAAUGUGUGGGCGGGUCUGAGCUUGAUUGGUAUUCUCCUCUUCACCAGCGGCCACAUGUUCAACCAGAUUCGAAAGGUUCCAUACGUAUCCGGAAAUGGGAAGGGUGGCAUCACUUACUUUGCAGGCGGCUUUCAGAGCCAAUUUGGACUUGAAACACAAAUUGUGGCUUUCAUCUAUGGCCUUUUGUCUUUCGCCGCGAUUUCUCUAGCCAUAAAGGCCCCAAGGACUCGGGACACGAAACUCCAGCAGAUCAUGGUUAUCGGCUGGGGUCUCGUCAUGGUCAUCACGUACAGCUUCUUGAUGUCCAUCUUCCGAAUCAAGAAUGGCGGUUAUCCAUUCAAGCUCCCUCCCUUCAUGUAA